GUUCAAUCUUGCUGCGUGUUUCACGCUGGUUUGAUUAUCGAUCGCCGCAUCCGUGUUACUUGCCUCCAUCGCGAAGCAUGAGUUAACGUACGAUUAAAUUUCCAAGUAGAAAACCUGUGCCGGUUGUUCGUACAAAAUUAUUGUCGUUAAAACGGACUCGGUGCAUUAAAAUUACAAGUAAAUUCGUGAAACAUAUAGAAUCAUGACUAAGCAGUCAGCAUGGAAAUUAAACGUUGCGAUCGCAUCGGUUUGCCUCCAAGGAUUUGCUCUCUCUUACUACGGUUAUGUUGUGGAAGUGGCGAAAGAAGAAAACGAUUCCUACGAAGCGAUGUGCGACAUUAGCGAACACAUCAGCUGCACCAAAGCGUUUAUGUCAGAAUACGGUAAAGGUUUCGGAAUAAUUCCAGCAACAUCUCCUCUGUACAUGCCAAAUUCUUUAUACGGAUUAAUGUUUUAUGCUUUGGUCGCAAUACUCGGUAUGUUCAAUAAAUAUUUCACUUCAGCUCUUGUUGUAACGUUAGGAGUUUGUUCGAAUCUUGGUUCGAUUUACCUGGCCUAUAUUUUGUACACUCUAAAUAAUGUGUGCGUGGUCUGUGUUAGUACUUACAUCGUAAACGCUUUUAUACUAAUACUUGCUGUUAAAAAACAUCGAAAACUAUUCCAAGAUGGCACAAACAAGAAGAAGAAAAAGAAGAAGAAGUCGGAAUAAAGAUUUCUGAGAAAUAUCCGAAGACUCUCGAUGACAUUUUCAUUUAUCAUGAGACACAGCAGUCGAUAGCAGAUUAAUUGUUGUCUCGACUUGUUAAAUUUUUAACCUUUUUAAAUUGAAUGUUAAAAAUAUUAAAGCGAUCGUAAUAAACGAUUCGAAAAAAGCGUAUCAUCGUGCUUAGAGUCGCGUUAGGUUCCUGAAAAAAAGUUCGCACGGUGAUGGUACAUUUUAAUUAAUUAGAUUUCUCGUCGAACAAACAAUAGUUAACGCUGAAUAAUCGAUGUUUCUGCAUUUCUACUGUGGGCUAAGACCAGAAUUUACUUUAUUAUAAAAUCUAUGCUUGUUAUUCCGUAAACUAGUCUAUAAAAAUAUAAAUGUACAUAAACAUCCGCGAGUUGCUUUGUUCUUUUACGGAUUUUAUGGGGUCCUAUCAGCGAAGUUUCAUGCACUAUUUUCAUAUAAAUCUUGUGCAAGUAAAUGUCACAAGUCAAACUGAAUUAUUGUAAAUCGUAUCUUUGUACAACAUUCGUGAAUAAAAUAUUGUUACGAACGAA